GGCUGAAGCGGAACCCCUGCUGGGUGGAGCACUUCAAUGUGCAGUUCCUGGGCUCGGUGGAGGUGCCCUACCACCAGGGCAACGGCAUCCUGUGCGCAGCCAUGCAGAAGAUUGCCACCACCCGGAAGCUGACCGUCCACCUGAGGCCUCCGUCCACCUGUGACCUGGAAAUCAGCCUGCAAGGCAUCAACCGCGUCCAGACCGCCAACGAAUACAGACAGGACGAGGAGAUGGAGCGCUGCAGCCAUUUCUUCCAGAUGAAGAACGUCUCCUUCUGCGGUUGCCACCCCCGCAAUAGUUGCUAUUUUGGCUUCAUCACCAAGCACCCCGUCCUGAGUCGCUUCGCCUGCCACGUCUUCGUUUCGCAGGAGUCCAUGCGGCCCGUGGCCGAGUGUGUCGGCCGCGCCUUUCAGGAAUACUACCAGGAGCAUCUUGAGUUUGCUUGCCCCACAGAAGACAUAUACCUGGAGUAGGACGUGAGCUGGAGGGCAGCCCCUCCCCCCACCCCCAGUUUCACGCCCCCCCCCCCAGAGAGACGGACCCAGAAGCAGCCUGAGUCCUGCCAGGCGGCCGAGCCCACAGCUUCCCUGCACGAGGGGGCCCUGGCCCUGGGGGCUUCUGGGGCCCAGACCGGCCUGGUGGGCCUCUUGCCCUCUCUCCCCCUUUCCCAAUUCCCCAGCCCCCCACAACGUCCCAACGUGGCCAAGGGAGCAGCCAGGGGAGCAGCCUCUCAGAGGGUGCUUGGUAGGGAGGAAAUG